GAGAGAUCCUCCACCACCGGAGCAGGAAGCUGCUGCUGGGACUGCCGAGAAGACAGAGGAGGUACAAAACAACGUCGACAUCAGCGGGGCUUCCACCAUAAUGUAGACCAAACAGAGCAGCAACAGCCGUGUGCCAUACCCAACAACACGACUGCAUGUCGAGGGUGCAGUGGUGGUGAAAACAAAAGCGGAGCCGUAUUUUUGCACGGUGACAAUGAAGGAGCUGAAGGGCUGCGGUAUGCGCUCCUCAGUGGGCUUUCUGUCCCGCAGAGAGCUGACUGGGCAGCCGCUCAUGAAGGAGGAAUUCCAGAGACGCAGACUGGCCGGCUGCACCAGCCUCUACAAGAAGGAUAUGCUCGGACACUUCGGCUGUGUCAACGCCAUUGAGUUCUCCAACAACGGAGGGGAAUGGCUCGUGUCUGGAGGAGACGACCGCCGGGUGCUGCUGUGGCACAUGGAACAAGCCAUCCACGCUCGCUCCAAGCCUGUGAAGCUGAAGGGCGAGCACCUGUCCAACAUCUUCUGCCUGGCCUUUGACAGCACCAACAAGAAGGUCUUCUCUGGCGGAAAUGAUGAGCAAGUGAUUCUUCAUGAUGUGGAGAGACGGGAAACUCUGAACGUGUUCCUGCACAUCGAUGCCGUGUACAGUUUGUCUGUCAGCCCGGUCAAUGACAACGUGUUCGCCAGCUCGUCUGAUGAUGGGCGCGUUCUUAUCUGGGACACCCGCGAGCCGCCAAGUGCAGAGCCGUUCUGCCUGGCCAGCUACCCCUCCGCCUUCCACAGUGUGAUGUUCAACCCUGUGGAGCCCAGGCUGAUCGCCACAGCCAACUCCAAGGAGGGAGUGGGAUUAUGGGACAUCCGCAAGCCACGCAGCUCACUGCUGCGUUACGGAGGCAGCAUGUCCCUGCAGAGCGCCAUGAGUGUUCGCUUCAACAGCACCGGCACCCAGCUGCUGGCACUGCGUCGCCGCCUGCCGCCCGUCCUCUACGAGCUGCACUCCCGCCUGCCCAGCUUCCAGUUCGACAACCAGGGGUACUUCAACUCCUGCACCAUGAAAAGCUGCUGCUUUGCGGGGGACAAAGAUCAGUACAUCUUGUCAGGGUCGGAUGACUUCAACCUCUACAUGUGGAAAAUCCCAAAGGACCCAGAAGCAGGCGGCCCUGGUCGUGUGGUCAACGGGGCUUUCAUGGUCCUGAAGGGUCACCGCUCCAUUGUGAACCAGGUCCGCUUCAACCCUCACACCUACAUGAUCUGCUCCUCUGGCGUGGAGAAAGUCAUCAAGGUGUGGAGUCCCUACCAGCAGCCCGAGAGUCUUGGUGACCUGGAGGGCCGUGUGGAGGACAAGUCCCGCAGCCUCUACACCCACGAGGAGUACAUCAGCCUGGUGCUCAACAGCGGCAGCGGUCUGUCCCACGACUACGUCAGCCAGUCCAUCCAGGAGGACCCGCGCAUGAUGGCUUUCUUCGACUCGCUGGUGCGUCGAGAGAUCGAGGGCUGGAGCUCCGACUCUGACAGCGACCUGAGUGAGGAGGCCAUCAUGCAGCUACACGCUCGGGGACGUCGCACCACGAGAGCCACUCCAACAGCUCCCACCACCGUCUCUGCUGCUGGUCAUCACAGUGACUCGGAUAACUCGUCGUCCUCCUCGCUGGCUGGACCUGAUGCCUCAGGAGGGGAAGAGCACGUCGAAGCAGAGGUGGAGGAGCGGCCGAGGAGGCGCAGCCGCCAUCAGCGGCAUCAAUCUGGAUUCCUUGUGAACGAAGACUCGGACUCAAGUGAGUUUUGGCUCGACCCCAUGCCACGGCCUCGCUCCCCGAGUCCCAGGGACAACUCCACGCUGUCCAGCCCCACCUCCUCGCCUUCACUUCCUGCCGGAGCCUCCAGCUCCUCAACAUCAACUUCCAGCUCCAGCAGUGACGACGAGGAGCGGCGUAGCGCGGUGAGGCGGCGCAAUGUCAUGAGGCGACGACGCAUGCAUGUCGUCUCCAGAGCUGGGGAUCGACCCGAGUCUGUGCAGGCUCUGUUUUCAGCCAUCGACUCCUGCAGUUACCCGUCAAUAUCGAUCGAUGACCUGUCUUCCUCUUCCUCAGGAGAGGUACAAAACUCCCUCCAAAUCAAGCCCGGCGCUGGCGGAGCCAGAGAUGAGGAAAAAUGUUUGAGCCCUUCUGACUUUGUGUGUCUGAGCCCAGUAAUGUCCCCCGAGAGCCAAGAGCACGAGGAAGGGAGUGACAGGACUGAGCUGGAAAGACAUCCAGCUGCGUCUCCGCACUCACUGGAUGGACACAGGACUGAGGAAUGCGCCGCUGCAGAGACGGCUUUGGACAGCUCUGACAGCGGAGAGGCCUGUAGCAGCUCGGUGGCGUUAUACAGUAACUCUCCGAGCCGACACAGCCCAGGAGUGAACGGGCGACACCGGACUGUAGCAUCUUAUGUCAGAGAGAACCCCCACGUCUCCUCAGAAUCAGAGGAAGAGACUGGCGUCACACCUGAAGACACCAGGCCGCAGAGGGAAAAGAGCCUGGCACAGAGCGCCCUGAAACGGACUCACGUGGGGUCAGAGGAGGGCGAGUCAGGCUCGUCACCCUCUGAGAAGAAGUUAAAAACAUAAUGACACCUCUUUCUCAUCCCGGGAGGAAAUCAUUUGUUAACAGACUUGAUUUAGGAAUUGGGUUUUUUAUGGGUUUUUACAACUCAGCUUUUUUAUUUUGCGUCUUGUAGUCAUGUGACAUGUCAUAUGAACUCAGCAGGAGCAGAAGACGUUAAAGAACUAAAAAAGAAAGAAAGAAAGCGUGGUUUUGUUUUUGAACAAACAAAUUGGACGUCAUCAUUGUUUUGGUCAAACCACAGAUGACAUUAAAAUAGGAAAGGAAAUAUAAAACAGGCUAAAUAUUGUUGAUAACAAUGGAAUUUUAAGUGACACUCAUUUAUUUUCAUGCAGUGUUUCUUUCUCAUGCUCUGGUUGUUGCAGACAGCUCCACCCAGGAUUUGGAGCUUCUCCAGCCAUAACAAAAAAAAGGUCUUAUGGAGGACAAAAGCUUUGCAGCAUUUUAAUUUCCGUGGUUUCACACUGAGCGUAAAUCUGAUUGGGCUUAUUUUUUAUUUUUAAGCGAUUCUCGGCUGCUUCAGGGUGUCUGAAGAAUUGACUGUGUCUGUGUGGAACGCCAUUUGUUUAAGCUGUGCGUUGAAAUAAUGCUUUUCAGUGUCUCCACCAAUUGUUUUUUUUGUCUCAUUAUCCAGCCCCUGGGUACCAUUACAAGCCAGCGCUCGCUUUUGUUUUCUUGCAAUUAAAGAAUAAUUUGUUCUCUCA